AGUGUUCUUGAUAGUCUUCUUUAUCCUCAUCAUUCCAUCAUGCACAUACCCCAAAGAUGGUUGCUGAUCAGAAUUAACUAUCCUCAACAACUUCACGAUUGGCAAUGUCAACUUCAUAAUCACUAAACAAUCCUGCCAGAAAUUGUUAUCCAAAACAAUUGACUUGAUGUGCUUCCCCUCUUUAGACUUUCCCAACUUGUGAGAUGUAAAGAAGCUACUUGUAACAAUACAUAGAUAUAUGAAAAAUCACAUAACUAUAUCAAUACGUAGCUAUAUGAAAAAAAAAUCAAUCUGAACUUCUUCCACCACACAUAAACAAUCCAAUAUUCCAAUCCAAAUGAUUACUCACAAAGGAACAAUUAAACUUCAACAAUUGGACCAAGAGUUGGCGGAGGCAGGGGCCAAAUGCCAAAUCCCAAAUGUACAUUAACAUUUAUUGCAAACAAAUCCCAAAUGGCCAAUUGCCAAAUCCAACAAAAACGUACCAAAGUAAAUCGAGUUGAACGGCAGAUGAGAAGAAGCUUCGAUUGGCAAGAAGAAGAGGCAGGGGCGACCGAGAAGAGGCAGAGGCAAGGGUGGCCGAGCUUGAGGGAGCUCGAGGCGGAGGCAGGGACAGGAACGGCAGAGCAUGAGGGAUCUCGAGGCGGAGGAAGGGACAGGGACAGCCGAGCUCGAGGCAGAGGCAGGGACGACGACCUGGAGCGAAGCUGGGAAGGUCGAUUCUCGCCGCUGCGCAGCAGGGAGCUGGAGAUGGAGGGGCGUCAGUCGCCUGCGGGAAUGGAAGGAUGAGCGAGUUGCGAAGGUCGAUUCUCGCCGCCGAUGAAGGAAAACGAAGCUGCGCAGCAGGGAGCUGGAGCUGGAGGGGCGUCAGUCGACUGCGGGAAUGGAAGGAUGAGCGAGCCGCCCGCGUAGGGUUUCUUUGUGCUCUGCUUCUCGCUGCAUCAUUUUGCAAUUUCACCCCCAAUUCCAGCAAACGACGCCGCGUAUUUGUAACUGCCUGCAGCCCGCAGCUCACUUGACCCGUUCGGACGGGUCAACCGCCCGGGUUCCACCGGGCUUGACCGAAUUUAAGCGGGUUUGACCUGAUCCAGGCUGAUUGUAAAUUGGGUUGGUAUAGCCCGUUUUUCAGGGCGGGUCCAGGCCAACCCGCAGGUUGACAACUUUGGUCAAAAGUAAGUACAACGGCUGUAAAAUGUAAAUAUAACUGUUGGGAUUUUCAACGAGGACAACCCCAUCACAGCCACCCACGUGUGACGCAUCGAAAAAUUCAAUUAAUCGAACGGCUCCACGUCUCCCACGAUUGAGCUCAUUUACUUCUCUACCCCUAUUCUCCACUACAUAACCUAACACAACCUGCCAGACUGUUCGACUUUCCCCACUUUACGUCAUACGCCAACCAGAAGCUCUCUCUAUCUAUCUCCUCUUUCAAAGUUUCUUCCUUUCUCCUCCCUCUCUCUUAUCUUCUCAAUCCCUCAAAGCUUCUUCCUUUCUCCUCGCUCUGUUAAUUAGAUCUGGCAAUUUCUACCAUGUCCCUGCCAAUUUCGCGUUCCUUCUUCAAAGUUGCCAUUGGUCCGAUAUCCAGAUCUCCUCCAAUUAUGAGAUUCCUUCGUCGAUCUGCGACUCCCGGCUUUUACCGACGGGAUUUGCGCCGACCACCGACCACCCGAUGUUAAGAUUUGUACCUCCUUGUUUUAUAUUUUUCCUUACUUAUUUUCAUACUGGUCUUCUAGAUCUGAUUUUUUUAUAUAUUAUCACAAGACUACCGGCUCUGCCGAUUUAGCCUAUCGGCCACUCCCGGCUCUGCCGUUUUCGCCUAUCGCCGACUCCUGGCUCUACCGAUUUUGCCGAUCCUAGACUCCCGCUUUUACUGACUAGAUCUCAUCCGACCACCGUAUGGUAAGAUUUGUCAGCCGUACCUUCAUGGAUGGCAGUAGAGAGAAGCUGCGGUGCUAGGUUUUUCUCUCUCUUGUUAUUAACGUUUUGGCCUAUUUGCUUUUUGUUUUUGCAACUGGUUCAUGGGCCACAGUUGAUUAGAGGCCGUGUUACAUUGAGCCAUGUCUGAGCCCACAAUUCUUCCAAAACGCACAACGGGCCUCCCACAUUUUCUCUGAGGUACUAACGGCUUACUUUCAAAUGAUUUUGUUUACAGGGCCCAAACCAUGUCUGUGUUCAUAUAUAAAUGUCGCUAGUGAUCGCAGCGAAGAUUGAAAUUCAAUUUACAAUUUUCAAAUUUUGCCUGUCCAAUUCCUUUUCAACUGGCUAUUUUGCCCCUGAAACCAUAGGUUCUCUUAUAUAAAUCCUUUGCUCUAAA